AUGGGAAUCUCUGGCCUCCUACCAGUGCUCAAGAGCAUCACUGAGUCCAAAUCCAUCGAAGAAUACAGAGGACGUACGCUUGCCAUUGACGGCUACUGCUGGCUCCAUCGUGCUAUUUACUCUUGUAGUCAAGAAAUCUGCCUCGGCCAGGAAACUGACAAAUAUGUAAAGUACUUUAUGGAUCGAAUCACUAUGCUGCAAUGCAACAGUGUGAUUCCUUACGUUGUAUUCGAUGGAGGUCCAUUACCAAUGAAAAAGGGCACAGAAGAAGAACGACGCAAGUUACGACAAAAAAACCGAGAGUUAGGCAUUCAACACUAUCAUAGCAGACGCUUCAUUGAGGCUCGUAAGUGUUUCGUUCGGGGUGCUGACGUUUCUCCUUACAUGGCUCAUCGAGUCAUUCAGCAUCUGAAAGAACAGAACGUGCUUUAUGUGGUGGCACCAUACGAGGCAGAUGCACAACUGGCCUAUUUGGUGAAAAAUGGGCUCGCAGACGGAGUCAUUACCGAGGACUCGGACUGUCUUCCUUUUGGAUGUCAAGUUGUUCUUUUUAAAAUGGAUCGCGAUAAUGUUGCACAGGAAAUUCAAAUGGCAAACCUCAAGAAAAACAAGGGCAUGAGCUUUCACAUGUUUACCGAGAAGAUGUUCCUUGAGAUGUGUAUAUUGUCAGGAUGUGAUUACUUGCCAAGUAUUCCUGGCUUUGGAUUGAAAAAAGCAUAUGCCGCGAUGAAGCUGCAUGGUUCUUUUAAGAAGAUCGUUCGAGCGUUGCGUCUUGAAGGAAAAGUACGAGUUCCCGCGACGUAUGAAGAUGACUUUAGAAAGGCAGUCUUGACUUUUCGACAUCAACGCGUUUAUUGCCCCACGAAAAAGGAACUGGUACCACUAACACCAAUACCACCGAAACUUUUAGAAAGUGAUCCAAUUAUGGACUAUGUGGGGCCAGUGCUACCAAGCGACGUUGCAAAGGCAGUUGCUAAUGGCGAUAUGGACCCUAUCACCAUGAAACGAUUUCCUGUCUGUGUACCGCCUUCACGGUGCAGUUCAUUCCAGCAAAGCUCAGUCAUGUCCAAGAUAAAAGUGACUCGAAAGGUUAAAGUACCUCUUUCUGAACCAAAAGCAGAAAUCACUUCAUUCUUUCAUGCUUCCGAACCUAUUGCAGCCGCUGUACCUAACGCCCCUCGAUCGAGUCCGGUUGCUGUGAAAAGAAAAUUUCCACCGUCAUUUAUGGACGAUCGAGUAUCUACAGCUUUGUUACAUAAGGAAGAAGUCUUACAAAACACGCUCACUGGCAAGAUUGUGGCAACUAGUCCACUUCUGACAAGUCGAUUUUUUGGGAAAAAUGUCGAGAAGAUGUCACUGCCGAACGAAAAAUCGGUGAAGAAAACCUUGCCACGCUGGACCGACUCCUCAUCAUAUCAAAGUCAAGAGCAUUGUGGAGUCGACGCGGCGAGAAACAUCUGCUUUGACCCGCAAAGUAACAAAAGCAGAGUGUUGCUUACUCAGGCUUUCAAGGAGUAUCACGCGCCAGAUUACCAAGUAGCAGUGCAAAAUCCUCUCCUGCCGGCAAAAGAAACAGCGUUUUCAAGAAUGAUGCGCGCUGGAUUGACGCUUCAACAGCAUAAACGGAAGAAACGAAAGGUAGCAACCCUAGGUUAUCGCAAAGCCUCUGUUUCCAGUCAAACCAAGCAGAUCGCGUUUUUAGACAACGUCAAAUCGCACAACACAAGCUCCGACGCGUCAGCCGAGCUGACGACGAACACGUUGGGAACAUAUGGAGUGGAAGAAAAUCCAUGUACAUCAGCUGCUUCGAAAACGGAAGAUAACGCUGACAUUUUUUCUGUAGCGACAGCAAGCACAAUCGGUCAACGACACUUAACUGCGACGACGAGUGCGGACGUCCCAAAAGAUAUCGAAAAAGUAAGUUUAUUGGCACCCAUUGCAUCAUUCGAUCGGUUCCGUUUCCAGUCUUGA